CGAUGUCUGAGCAGGUAGCGAUCACCGCGGGGUGGCCAGUGGUGCCUCCUCCCGGACCCUCUGGAAGUGAUGGUGUUGUACGGGAACACAGCUGACCACUUCAUUCUCCCACCACCUCCAUACCACCACACUCUCCUCAGAACCAUGGAGGAGGAUCUCGCCAAUACCCCUGAGCCCUCCCCUCUUCCUCCUCCACCCCUGUUGGAACGCCAGCUUCGCCAGCGCCCAUCAGCCAUUACCCUGCUUAAGUCCAAAAUGAAACACGGAGUAGACUGUUCUUUGCCCAAGGUCCGCUCCACCCUCACCGGCUUCUUUCCAGUGGUGCGCUGGCUGCCUAAAUACAAGCUCAAAGAGUACAUAUGGGGUGAUAUCAUGUCUGGUCUCAUAGUGGGGAUAAUCCUGGUACCACAAGCUAUUGCCUACUGCCUGCUGGCCGGAGUGGACCCCAUUUACGGCCUGUACACAUCAUUCUACGCCAACAUCAUCUACUUCCUCAUGGGCACUUCUAGACAUGUGUCAGUGGGCAUUUUCAGCCUCAUGAGCCUAAUGGUUGGGCAGGUGGUCGACAGGGAGGUGUUCCAAGCCGGCUUUGACACUAGUGAAGAUUCCAAAAUAUCCAAACUGAACCUGUUAAAUGGCACACUAGACAUCAAUAUGACCACCAAAACUAUUGAGCUCUUCGGGGUGGAGUUUGAGAAAGAGUCCUAUGCUAUUAUGGUGGCUACAACACUGACAUGUCUGGCUGGAAUUUAUCAGGUGCUAAUGGCAGUGUUCCGCCUGGGCUUCGUCUCUGUUUACCUUUCUGCUCCGAUGCUGGAUGGGUUUGCCACAGGGGCCUCAUUCACUAUCCUGACCGUCCAGGCCAAAUACCUCUUGGGACUGAAGAUUCCUCGGCACCAAGGCCCCGGUGUGGUGGUUGUCACAUGGUUCAACAUCUUUGCAAACAUUCACAAGACCAACUUCUGUGACCUCAUUACCAGCGCCAUCUGUAUCUUUAUUCUAGUGGCUGGCAAAGAGCUCCAAGACCGUUACAAAGACCGCCUAAAGAUGCCCCUGCCCACUGAGCUGGUGGUGGUGGCAGCUGCAACUCUGGCCAGCCAUUUUGGAGACCUGAACAGUAAAUACGGCUCCAGUGUUUCCGGGCACAUCCCCACAGGUUUCAUACCCCCUAAAGCACCCAGCUUAGAGAUCAUGCCACAGAUCGCACUUGAUGCUAUUCCACUUGCUGUAAUUAGUUUUGCCUUCACUGUGUCACUCUCUGAGAUGAUGGCGAAAAAACAUUGUUAUACGGUGCGGCCAAAUCAAGAGAUGCUGGCAAUCGGUUUCUGCAACAUCAUCCCCUCCUUCUUCCAUUCUUUCACCACCAGUGCUGCGUUGGCCAAAACCAUGGUUAAGGACUCCACUGGCUGCCAGACACAGGUCUCCAGUCUCAUCAGUGCUUUGGUCGUCCUUCUGGUCCUCCUGUUCUUUGCCCCCUUCUUCUACUCUCUUCAGAAAUGUGUCUUGGCUUCUAUUAUCAUUGUCAGCCUACGGGGGGCGCUCCGGAAGUUCAAGGAUGUCCCAGCGAAGUGGAGAGCCAGUCGGGAGGAUGCUGUUGUUUGGCUUGUUGCCAUGGCAGCUACAGCACUCAUCAGUGUGGAGCUGGGUCUUCUGGUGGGCAUUGUGUUUUCCAUGACCGUGGUUAUCUACAAGACUCAGAAACCUCAGGUCUCUCUUCUGGGACGGGCCAGUGAUUGCAACCUUUACGAGGACAUGGAUGAAUACAAAAACCUGCUGCCCCCUGCCCGAGUGCAUGUGUUCCGUUACCAGGCCCCACUGUACUACGCCAACAAAGAUGCCUUCCUCAAAGCCCUCUACAAACGUGUGGGAGUCGAACCUUUCUUGGAGCUGACAAGGCGGAAAAAGGAACACAAAAAAGCCAAGAUGUCCGCCAAGCACACCGGUGGGGACAAAACCAAUGGGGAGGUGGUGGUAGGGCUUAUUAAGAGUGAGUUGGACUUCCACUCGAUAGUCCUGGACUGCUCUGCCAUCCCGUUUAUAGACUCGUCAGGCAUGGCAACACUCAAAUCAGUGGUCAAAGAGUACAAAGACAUCGGAGUGAGUGUGUAUCUGGCCAGCUGUUAUGCUUCAGUUAUAGAUGCUCUACAAAAGGGAGAGUUCUUUGGGAAAAACAACCAGAACAUGGGUCAGCUGUUGUUUCACACUGUGCACACUGCAGUGGAAUAUGCUUUGGCAUGUAAAGCAGCAGAGGGAGAGAGCAAGUCAGCAGCCUCUGUGGUCUAGGAACCUUUUCAAAGUUAAAGUGGGGCUAAAUACCUAAACUCAUCGAAACAACCACAUUUCAAAUAGAGCUGCUAAAUUGGACAGUAGAUGGAGGAUUAAAGGGAGAGCGAGGGGGGAGAAGGGCUGGGGUGUGGGGAUUUAAGAACAGUGUGAUUGGUCCAACAGGUAUCCACACUGCAAACUCUGCCCCUACAGCCAUGCGUUUGUAAUCAGUAACAACUGACUGUAAUCAGGAAAGUCUUGUGUAAUGUCAUGUAGUACUUAAAACUGGCAGCACACACAUAUAUACCUAGUUUGCACAAAGAUUUUCGCCAAAAAGCUAUUACAAACACCAUGUACAAAUGUGGUUUAUUCUAACAAAAGUGCCAGAAAGAGGGGCCUGGAGCUAUUGUUCACCUGUUCACAGCAUUAUUUUGCUUUUCAUUAUGUCAACAUAACAAGUGCAAAAGGAAAAAAAAAAAGGAAAUCUGCAAAAAAAAAAACAACAACUUUUCAUUUUGUUUUUUUGUAACUGUAGUCUAUAGUGAUUAUAGUCAGAGGCACAAAUGACAAGAGCCUUGGGCAAAUAUGUUCAUAAAGAUGUGAUCAAAAUGUGGCUGCUAAACAUACAACACAACAUUUAAGGAGCAAUAACAGGUUGAACAUUGCUGUUUUUACAAAGUGUUUCUUUCUUUUGUUUUAUCUGCCUCCAUCUUGACAUGUGGAUGGUCCCUAUCUCUGAGACAAUAGGAAUAAAAGUGACAUUACUGCCACAUAAAUAAGCCAACACUAAAUAUUAUAGCUCUAGUUCUACUGCUGAGAGCUCCGUUUAAACAAUGGCUGUAAUCCAAGAAUCAGAAGUAGUAUUAUGUUUUCCGCAGCAUCUAGUGAUUCAUUGCACGUAGUUUUAGUAUCUGAUUUUCAAUACUUUUGACAACCCCAGUGUGCAAUCAAUUUUAAGCUAAAACUACAUGAUUUGCAACUGGAAAGGCUGGUCCAAGAGUGUAAAUUUUCUUUGAUGUGUUAACUUCAAGGUAAAAGAAAAGGAAAUUUUAUUGUUUUAUAUAUAUUUUUUGUCAUGUGAACUGUUAAUAACUUGAUUAUGCCAACAUUUUACUAAUCAAUUUUUAACCUGCUGUCAGUAACAUUCUCAUAAGAACAGGUCAUAAUGUUGGACCUGUCACAUGCUGUUCUCUUCCUGUCCCUGUGAAGAGCAGUGAAGCAUAUACGUUCUCUGGACUCUCAAAGAAACUCGUUUACUCCGGCCCCCAACAUGGCAAAAAUACUAGUUACUCUGUCACUCUAGCCUCAUCUUUGGUACUGUGAACAAGGAUACAACUUACAAAUCGUUAACAUUUCUGUGAGUACAAGCAUGGCAGCUAAAGAAGAGUCAUGUUUUGUGAGGGCAAAGAUUAACUUCAGUGUUACUGCCAACUAUAAUGGUACAACGGUUUUGAUAUAAACAAAUGUAGGAAUUAAUUCAAUCUUAUAGUUGUUGUGUUUAAUAAGAUUUCUGAAAUCUUUUUCAUGUGUUUUUGACUAAC